GAUUCCGCUGAUGUAUACACACGACACGAGCAUCGAAAAAGAGAGAUCCAGUUGGGCAUCCGAUAUUCUCUCCACCGGGAUCUGUGCCGUUUGAUUCCUCCAUUUUUUCCGACAAAAUGCCAAGAGGAAAGCUUGAGGUCCUCCUUGUUGGUGCUAAAGGCCUCCACGACACCGAUUUUUUUACGAAAAUGGACCCGUAUGUGACGAUCACUUAUCGAACUCAGGAGCAAAAGAGCAAUGUGGCAUCAGGACAAGGAUCUUCACCUGAAUGGAAUGAGACAUUUGUUUUUUCUGUGGUGGGCUCCGUGCCAGAACUCGUGAUCAAGAUAAAGGACAGUGACGUUGGUUCUGAAGACGAUAUCGUGGGCGAGGCAAAAGUUCCACUUGAGCCGGUGUUUGUGGAAGGAAGCAUCCCACCUACACCAUACAAUGUGGUGAUAAAUGAUGAAUACUGUGGGGAGAUUAAAGUUGGCCUUGAAUUCAUUCCAGAGGAGGAUGCAAAUGAAGACGGGUGUCAUGGGGAUGAGGGUGACUUUGGAGGAUGGAAAGAAUCUUCAUACAAAUGAACACGGGUGUUGUGGUAUGACAUGAGGCUAUGUUGUCGAGUGUUGAUGAUUUGAGUGUUUUCAUUUGGUCUGUAUUUAUGAUAAUCUUCAAUUGCGAACCAUUUGACUUCAAAUCGAAAGAAGAAGACUUUGUUGCACGUAUUA